GGAUACACAAGUUUCUGGAAUGACUGCAUAUCCUCAGGUCUUCGCGGUUGCAUUUUAAUAGAACUUGCUCUUCGAGGAAGAGUAGAGUUAGAGAAGGCAGGAUUGCGCCGGAAGUCCCUCUUAAACCGCAAGGUGCUUUUGCGGUCAGACCAGCCAACAGGAGAUGUCCUCCUGGAUGAAGCACUAAAACACAUGAAGGAAACCGAUCCACCUGAGACUGUGCAGGCUUGGAUAGAAUAUCUCUCAGGUGAAUCGUGGAAUCCACUAAAACUACGUUACCAACUGCGCAAUGUGCGAGAGCGGUUGGCCAAGAAUCUGGUGGAGAAAGGUGUUCUUACAACAGAGAAACAAAACUUCCUCGUCUUUGACAUGACUACCCAUCCCCUCACAGACAACGUUACCAAAACCAAAUUGGUGAAGAAGGUUCAAGAUAGUGUGCUAAGUCGAUGGGUUGGCGAUCCUCAGAGGAUGGACCGACGAGUGUUGUCUCUUAUAUAUUUGGCACAUGCUUCAGAUGUCCUGGAAAAUGCCUUUGCUCCACUUUCAGAUGAUGAUUAUGAGGUUGCCAUGAAACGUGUUCGAGAUCUGCUGGACCUAGACUUGGACACAGAAGCUGCAAAGCCCAAUGCCAAUGACCUCAUGUGGUCAGUGUUUGCAGCUUUCAUCAAAUAAACGUAGCUGCCUCAUGACCCGAAGAGUUGAAAAUAUUUAGUGCCUGUGAUGAGUCUGAUGAUGACUUAGUGGGAGUUGAAAUUAUGUUCCUUAUUUAUUUUAUUUUUUAUUUUGUUUAUUUUUCUUUUUUUUUUCUUUUUCUUUUGUGAUCCUGAAAUGUCUUAAGUCACACCCCAUUGCUGAUGUGGUUCUUUUUGUUUUUCUUUCUUUUUCUUUUGUCUUUCUUUUUUCAGCAGUAUAUUUUAAGGGUAAAAGGGAUGGAUGAUCUUUAAGAAAAGGUUUUCAAGAAAGAUAAAAUACCUUUUCUUCUCUUUUGUAUGAAACUGUAAACAUAAUUACAUAUGUAUUUAGUAGGGGAGGGGGAAAUACACUGGCUGCAUGAAAUAUAUAUUUAGGAUGAAACAUUUUCUGUACAUAUAUGAAUGUUGGGGCAUUUUAUGACAAGAUUUGCUUAAGGGUGAUUUUUGGCUGUAUUUACAAGCAUUCUCUUCCUUAUGAUUAGUUUAUUUUGAGGUUCACCCUGAUUCUUAGCUCAUAAAUCUUUGAAUGAAGAUAAACAUUUACAAUCCAAACCACAAGCUUUGUACCUGUUGAGACUUGCAAAUCGUCAGGCCAUCUUCGGAAAAAGUGAUGUAACAUGCUGAGACGCUGUUAAAUCUAAUUAGCAUGCAUUAUUCCCUAAGCUGAUUUAACUUCAUGAUGUGAUAUUGUUGACAAAAUGAUCAGAAUAUCAGUUCUAUCAAAGGCAUUAUUUCACCUGUGUUACAAAUAGUGGUAGUGUGUGACAGAAAUGUGUGGUUAUAGUGUAGGCACAGCGUAACCAUGAGAAAAUAGAGCCCUAUUAUGGUUGUGCUGUGAGUGGAUAUUUUUUUUGAAGAUUCCACACACCUGAGGCUCUUUUUCAAACAUAUUGGUGGAUUUAAACUCAGUCUUGGUUAAUCAAAGGUACGAAUAUGAGUCUUGACAGCUCCAGAUUUUUUUUUCUUCUUCUUUUUCAUGUCUGCUUUUUUUAUUAGCAAAAUUGCAGGGUUAUAUAAAAUUAUGGUUUAUAUUUUUGCAGUGAGGGUGAAUAAUUUUUUUUUUUUUUCAUUGAAUUGAAGAAGCAAGACAAGAUGAUUUUAUAGCUGGAGUGUACUUUUUUUCUGAGACAAUUUUUUGGGCUUAAUAUUAGUAUGCAGUUCACCACUUUUAAGCAUUUUUAUACAUAUGUAUAAAAGUGAUUACUAAUAUUAUUAUUAUUGAUAUCAUUUUCUUUUUCGCAUGUUCUCAUGAUAUUCCAAAGCAAAAAGAAAUUUCUCGACACUUAUAGUUUUAAAAAUUGUCGUUUGGUUGACUGGUAUACAGAUAUAUAUAGAUAUAUAUUUUCCGUGCACAGGUAGUUAUAUGAGGGCAUGUUUUGUCUGGGCAAGCACCUUGUAGGUCCUCAGAUGAAAUUAGAUGUCCAAAGAGUUGGUGCAGAUUUGUAUUAUGUUACUCUGCUUUUAGUUAUACAAUGAUAUUUAUAUAAAAAAUCUGGUGAUGGUUUGAUGUCAGAAUAUAUAAAGAGUGUAAGGCAUCUAUUAUUCAUAUAUAAGUUUAUUUGUCUAUGACCAAAAUAAAAGAAACAAAAGCAUUGAUUUAUUGUUCAUAGCACCUCUUGUGUAUAUUUUACUAUUCAUGUGUACGGUGCUGUUGUAGUAUUCAUUUUCAUUCUGUACAACUCAAAGUGUGAUUCUACAGUUUGGACAUGAUUUGCAAAUUCCAGCAAUACAAUAACUGUAGUUUUACCUGAAAGGUCUUAUUGAUUUAAUUUAGCCAUAUGAUGGAAAUGAAUUUUUUAUGCUCUGAA